CUUGAGGAAUUACACCAAAGAAUUUUAAGGGAUAAUCAGUGGUUUGUGCGAAGUUUUCAAUUGAGUCGCUUGCGACACCACAAUAUAUAAGGAUCACGAACGUGAGCAAAAAUAACUUUCUAAGACCUUGCGCUGAAUAAUGAAAAUUGUUUUCAGUCAAGUCUUUGGGUUGCUUCUCAUGGCUACCGUUGGCUUUGCUUUGACGUGUUUCCAGUGCAAGGGCUUAGAACAGUACUGCCUACAAGAAAAGCUCCGGCGUAACCGAACCCAAGACGCUUGCAAUCAGUACAUGGACAGAUGCAUCAUUAAAACCUUCAUGCUUGAUAUUGGGGUAAUCGAGAUGACCAGAGGCUGUGGAAGGGAAAUUGAGUGUAGAUUAGCAGCACAAGAUUGUAGGAGGAAGAGGAGUGCUCACCAUAGAUGCCAUGUGACCUGCUGCCAAGGAGAUUAUUGUAACGGGAGCAAUCAAAUCAUUUGUAAAUUGCAUGUUAAUGUAAUAUUUCUCAUGUACAGUUUUCUAUCUGUAGUAAUGAAUCUACAGUAAUUCAACGUUUCACUCUUUAACUUCUAUGUGUGACCAAGAAAAAAUUUCUCCUUACAAUAUCAAGCAGACAAGUGAUGAGAAUACAGAAAAAUAUUUUAACGAAGGUCAGGAGCUCAUAAUGGGCUCCUGUUAGGGUAUCAUUAGUUGAUCCAAUACCAAAUUCUCCAAACUAUUACAAGAACUAUAUGGCAGACAGUAAGGAUAAUUACUUAUGAGAUCUUGGGAGUUAAAGGAUUAACAUAAAGACCAACGGUGUCAACAAUUCCAUGUUUAAGGACAGUAUUUCAAGGAUAAGGAACAUUUAAACAAUGAAAGAGUAAGACACCGUCAGUCAAAAGUAACCAGUCAUUAUUUAUCGCCGAAGGGGUGUUGAAGGAUUUUGGUUGUGUUACCAUAACAUUUGCCUGCCCCCCCCCCCCCCAUGAGGCUCUGUGAUAUUGUUUUGACCUCCUCCCCUCCCCCCUCAUUAGAAGUUAG